AUUUCCGGGAACACUCGGGUGCACUCGGGCCGGCCCGGCGUGGAGGGGCAGAGCUCCGUUGCUGCUCGUGCGCCAGACGGUCGCUCCUCAUUACCGCAGAGCCUGACGACACCUGAGAGUCGGCGAGAGCACCGAGUACACAGAACCCUCAUCGCCCCCCACUGUGAGGAAUGAGGAACCAUUAGAAGCUCUGGUCCGGCUGAGAGGAGCUUAAAGUUGAUCGUGCACUUUCCCCAGGAGCGCGCCUCUCGUUCCCGUUCCUGACCCCAAUCCACGCAGACGUGCUCUUGAAUAACCAUCCGCUCAGAGGCAUCAUGGCAACGGGCGGAUUCAAACCCAACGCCCAGACGGACUUCCUGGAGGAAUGGAAAGCCAAACGCGAGAAGAUGCGUCUGAAGAUGCUGGGGGACAUCGCCGCGGCAACCGGCGCUAGCGCGGGUCACCCGGGUUCAGGUACACCGGGCGCAGGUACCCCUGCAGCCCCCCUCGGCACAAGCCACAGCAACAAAAGCACCCCAAACAUGGAGCUCAAUAACAAUGGGAACGUGGAGCGCGGUGGGGGGUCCGCCGGGAACAUCGCGUCCGCGGCUCUGUGCCAACCCAUAGCGCGGUCCAUGUCGUCCCCGGCCCUGAAGAAACCCGAGGCGGAACCCCAUCCCGGGCCGGCCCCGCCAGGGGGUAACCUGAAGAAGCAGUCGGAUCAGAAGGCUCCUCCUCCUCCGUGCCCGUCGGUGGAGUCGAGCCCCACGGCGGAGGUGGAGGAGGUGGACGGGGACCCAUCCAGUCCGUCCCCCGGCAAGGGGAAGGACAAGAAGUGCGCGGGGCCCAGCGCCAGAAAAGGCAAGGGACAGAUAGAGAAGAGGAAGUUGCGGGAGAAGCGGCGAUCAACAGGUGUUGUCAGUAUACCGUCCAACGAGAGUCUGGAUGAGCUGGAGGAUGACGACGGGGGUGACCGGGAGAGGAAGAUGGAGCAGCAGCUGGUCCAGGCCAACACGGUGCAGAACGAGGCCAUGACCCCCAGCCCGGGAUCCCCAGAGUCCCCUGGCCCCCCUGGUCACCUGCUUCAGGAGACUCCGCGGUCGGGGGGCGUUCGCCACAAAAGCCCGUCUGCUGGUGGUUCGGCGGAGGAGGACAUGGGAGGAAGCCCCAGACAACCAGCGCCUCGCCAGCCCAGAGAACCCCACACCUCAGGGAGCCUUGAGAGGAGGUUGGAGGAGCUGGAGAAGGAGCUUCUCCGGGAGCGCCAGGAGAACAACAGGCUGCUGAAGGACAACGAGGAGAACCAAGACCUCAUCUGCAAACUGAAGGAGGAGAUUGACCUGUUGAACAGAGACCUGGACGACAUCGAGGAUGAGAACGACCAGCUGAAGCAGGAGAACAAGACGCUGCUGAAGGUGGUGGGUCAGCUGACCAGGUAGAAGCCACCGCUCGGCCAGGCGGCAGGAGGAGGAGGAGACGAAGGAGGAGAACCGAAGAACCAACCUGGUUCAACCAGAGGACCCGGCUUCCCCCCACCUUGGGCAGAAACAUCUCACCCAGCCCUCUGUCCACCCCUCCACGACAGGCCCUGCCUCAGCAGGCCACUAGAACGGACCAGAAGAUCUCGCACAGCCACAAAGUCUGGGUGGCUUUCUCCAUUUCAGAAAUUAAAGGAAGAGAACUGGAGGCGAAAAGGGUUUUUGAUGUUUUUCCGGUGGUGGGGGUUUUCCUGUUUCGCUGGAGAGGAUCUUCCAGAAUGGAAUAUUUAAUGUAGAUUGUGUUGUGUUUUCUCUUUGAAUAAAAGCUUAUAAAGUAUAGAAGAAGUGAAAUGAAUGUAGGACAAGUGUAGGUGUACUGCACCUUUCAGAGUUGUUCAGGCUAAAGCGAAACAUAUUCAAUCCUUUUUAGUCCACUUUGCUGUAAAACGUUUUAAAGGUAAACCGAUUCUAACAUUUUAUAUAGCCUCAUGAGUUAUGUGCUUUACAAACAAACGUGAUUUGAUUUAUCCAGGUGGACACAUUCUAAUGUGUUAGACAGGUAGCCCAGCAUUAUACAGGUUAACCUAUUCUAACUGGUUAGCUAUGAAACGGCUAGCCAGUUUAUCUUUUGUAAUUGGUUAGCCAGCAAAACGAUUCUAACUGGUUAGCAAUCCUAGCGAGGCUAACCGAGACUAAGUGCUCAACCAGGGAGGCUCUAUAGAGGAAUCAUUAAAAAAUGCUCUCUUGGCCUUAAAGACCUGGAUUAUAUCCUGGAUCAGUACCAUAGGAUCGAGCCCAUGGUACAAACCAUGGUAUAAACGAAGACCCAGAUCAACACCUGAUCACUGCUUCGAUCCCACAAAGUGCGCUAUAAAGCCUUUUUAAUUAAAUUAUUUUCAUAAAGUGAUUCAGUGGCAGAUUAAUUUCAUGCCCCCUAGCAUCCAGUAAAAUGUUUAGCAACACUUUCAUUCGCAGUAGGAAAUUAAAGGUGAAAUGUGAAGGAUUUAGUGGCCUCGACUAAAUUCAACACACUUCACCUUUCAAGGAAAUUAGCUUUGGAAACUUUGUAUAAUGCAACUAUCACAAAUAUCAAUCAUACUUUCAAUGAUAAAUCGGUUCAAUGUGACUAUUUGGCUGGAAAGAUAUUCCAUUUUGCUUAUUCUGUCUCUAUUGCCUUGUUGUACAUUCUAUGUGGACAUUUCUUGGAAAAAAGUCCUUAUGUAAUUCCAGAGUUUACAUGUGUUCAUUUUCUUAUCUUUAUUGGCGUUGACGCCAGGUGUUCUGAAUCACACCUGUGCCUUGUUGAACUCAAACCAAAUCAACCGAAGGAAUGUGGCAUUCCAAGGAAGUACUAUUUGGACAAAGAAACUGCAUUUCUAUGGGUUUUUUGUUGAGAAACUUGCUAUGCUGGGAAAGCUAAGCCUCCCCCUCUUCAGCUCCCCUCUAUCUGUAUAUAGAUCAGUGCAUUCCUCUGAGAGGCGCUCUGUGAUUGGCCCACGAGUCCAUGUCUCUCGGCGCGUGCCCUGGACAGACCCAGUGAGUGGCAAAAAGACAAACAUCUCUCCAUGUUAUGAUUUUAGACGCUCAAUUGACCACCGCUGUCAUAUCAUCCACUCUUCCGCACAUACACGCACCUCGCACAGACGUUUGCGCUUAAACGCUCACACACACAAUCACUCACACAGACAGACACAGACAUGAAGCAUCACACAGAGGACCACAUGGAAACGCACACUUGAACACACGCCAAUGCAUGCGCAUAAAAAUCUUAACACAUUCCUCCCACAUUGGAACAUAUAUACCCACGCACACAUACUCUUAAACGGGCAUGCAGUCUCGCACACACACGUCCAUAAAAUCCACUUCCAUCACAGACGGCCGACUCCUCUCUCCCUCCCCGUUGUGCGUGUGCAGCAGAUGAAGUGGUUUAAUAAAGGUCUGAUUAUCUCCCCCUG